UGUUGCUAGCUUAAUUUGGUUCCAGUCUUAUGGCUUUGAGGUCUUGCAAUAUUACAACCUUGAUUCACUGAUCAUGGCUUUUGUGUCCUUCCCAAUCAUUACCAAUAACAUAAUAUACAGGAAUACCAUGCAAAUUUCACAUGUUAAUCCUGUCUAUACCAUCCAUAAAAAUUCUAAGAAAAUUACAGCUAACAAUGCCUUUGGUAAAUUUCAUCCACCAUUUUCAGGCCAACCUUUGAUUCAAAGAAGGCACAGAGAGUUGUUGAUGGUGCCGAUAUUCUGUGCUAAAAACUCACCAGAAGGUGCAGGCGGAGAAGAUCAGCAGGAUCCACGAGCUCUCGAAAAACUGCUGAAACUGUACGAAGCCAUGAAGAACAAAGAUGUUCUCGAGUUAUCGGAGGUCAUAGCAGAUGAACCCGUGUGUGCAGGCAACUUAUCCUCAAUCAUCCAACCCCUUCGAGGAAAAAAGAAAGUGGUGGAUUUUUUCCUAAAUCUAAUCCGACACCUAGGAACUGAAAUUGACUUUAUUAUAAAACCAACAUUGCAUGAUGGGAUGAAAGUUGGUGUUGAGUGGGCUUUAGGGUGGAGCAAAACGCAUACGCCUUUUGGAAAGGGUUUUAGCUACCAUAUAUCCCACCACUACAAGGGGAAAGUGAUGAUAAAAAAUGCAGAGAUGUUCGCGGAACCACUCCGGCAUAUUCCUUCCAGGAUGAAAAUGAUGGAAAUUAUGACUGCUUUAACGGAGAAGAUGGGUUCCAAUGCAAUAUUCAAGGGUGGGGGAAGCAAAGUAGUAUUGAGUAUCCUCCUUGUGUUCAUCAUUGCUGCAUUUCUAAUCACUUUGAUGCUCAUCUCGCAUUAAGUCUUUCACUCGAGGUGCUGCAGAUACUAAUCUUAUGUAAUGAAACCAUUUGAAAUUCUUCCUCCACCGUGUCAGCGGAAAAUGGUGAAGAAAGCUCAGACGAAUCUGAGAUGGAGUUGUAAAUAUUAUUGACUCUGCUUGGUUUGCCAAGUCCAAGCAUGGGAUAAAUGUAAAUAUUAUUGCCUC